UGGAUUAGAACAACUUUUUACUCAAAUGAUUAAACAAAAACUACGUCCAAUAUUACAAGAAGCAUAUAAAGACAUCAAAUAUGUAUUGAAUGAAGAUGAAUAUCAUGAACAAGAAGCAAAUGAUAGCUUUGCUAAAAGAUUUGUUAUUGGAUUUGAUAAUUUGAUAAAAGUUUAUCAGACAACAUUUACAGAAAAUAAUUACAAUCAAAUCAUGAUUCAUAUCAUUGAAUCUUUGACAAACAUGUGGGAAAAAACUGUGUUUGGGACUAGAUUUAAUCAG